AUGGGAAACUAUAGGCCAAUUGGGCCCAAGAUUGGUUCCAAGAUUGGUUCCAAGAUUGGUUCCAAGAUUGGUUCCAAGAUUGGUUCCAAGAUUGGUUCCAAGAUUGGUUCCAAGAUUGGUUCCAAGAUUGGUUCCAAGAUUGGUUCCAAGAUUGGUUCCAAGAUUGGUUCCAAGAUUGGUUCCAAGAUUGGUUCCAAGAUUGGUUCCAAGAUUGGUUCCAAGAUUGGUUCCAAGAUUGGUUCCAAGAUUGGUUCCAAGAUUGGUUCCAAGAUUGGUUCCAAGAUUGGUUCCAAGAUUGGCAAGAUUGUUCCAAGAUUGAUUGGUUCCAAGAUUGGUUCCAAGAUUGGUUCCAAGAUUGGUUCCAAGAUUGGUUCCAAGAUUGGUUCCAAGAUUGGUUCCAAGAUUGGUUCCAAGAUUGGUUCCAAGAUUGGUUCCAAGAUUGGUUCCAAGAUUGGUUCCAAGAUUGGUUCCAAGAUUGGUUCCAAGAUUGGUUCCAAGAUUGGUUCCAAGAUUGGUUCCAAGAUUGGUUCCAAGAUUGGUUCCAAGAUUGGUUCCAAGAUUGGUUCCAAGAUUGGUUCCAAGAUUGGUUCCAAGAUUGGUUCCAAGAUUGGUUCACAGUUACAUUAA